UGCUACGGUGCAUGCGGCAGCAGCUCUGUAAGGUUGUACGAACCCGCUACUCCGCUCGUUCAUCGUCUGUCACUCUCUUCUGCACGACAAGCCAGCACGACUACUCGACACACAACACUAGCGACCAAGAUGGACAAUAAAGCCGUAAUCCUGGUCGCGAUGAUUGCGUUCAUGUGCGUCUUAUCCGGUGAAGCUAUCAAGUGUUACGUAUGCAACACGUACUCUCAUGUCGGCUGUAAUAGCACGGACUUGACGUCAUAUGAAAAGGACUGCGAUUCUCAAUAUCCCGGUCUGACAGACAACAUCCUCUGUCGUGUUAUAUCACAGAAAGUGGAGGGAUUGGCGGAGAAGAGAGUCGUGCGUGAGUGCGGAGAGGAGACGCACAGCGACGACAAGCAAGAGUUGGACUUCUGCUGGAACAACGCUGCCAUCGGCUACAAGCAGAUCAUGCUGCACAUGCUCCGGAGACCUGUUGUCAACGGCUGCGCCGUUCACCAGCAGCGGCUGGACCGUCGCCGCUCGUCGUCGCCUACUCUGUCCGGCCUCCGUCUAUGUUGCCUUCUGCAAUAG